CGGACUGCCAGUGCAGUGCAGUGACUGGCCGGCGGCAUGGCUGUGCGCGCCGCUUUGUUCGUGAUCUCCGCGCUGGUGGCUGGCGGGGCCGCCGUGUACAACAGGGACCGGGACCGGCAGCGCGCGGACCCCAGGCUCCUUGACCGGGCCUGCGAGCUCAGCUCGUGUUACCCGGCGACUGGUAAUCUCCUCAUCGGUCGCGAGGCUCGACUCUCGGCGUCCUCGACGUGCGGCAGUUCCGGUCGGGAGCGGUAUUGUAUCGUGUCGCAUCUCGAAGAACGGAAGAAAUGUUUCUGGUGCGACUCGACCAACAGCACCAUGAACAAUCCCUCUCUCAACCACAGGAUACAGAAUAUCAUAUACAAGUACUAUCCCGGGACGCGCGUCAAGUCUUGGUGGCAAUCGGAAAACGGAAAAGAGAAUGUAACGAUACAGCUCGACAUGGAAGCUGAAUUUCAUCUCACACAUUUGAUAAUUCAAUUUAAAACAUUUAGACCCGCGGCGAUGUUAGUGGAGAGAUCGUUCGACUUCGGUAACACAUGGCGCGUCUAUCGAUACUUCGCUCACAACUGUCACGAAGCUUUCCCUUCGAUUCCGAGACACAGUCAGCGCAGCUUGACGGAGGUCGUCUGUGAAUCUCGAUAUUCCGGCGUCGCUCCUUCCACCGAGGGUGAGGUAAUAUUCAGAGUUUUACCUCCGAAUAUCAAUGUGACCAAUCCAUAUUCAGAGGAAGUGCAGAAUCUGCUCCGAAUGACUAACUUGAGGAUUAACUUUACGAAACUUCACACGCUGGGAGACGAUUUACUCGAUAACCGAGCGGAAAUACAAGAAAAAUAUUAUUACUCUAUAUAUGAGAUGACGGUCCGUGGUUCAUGCUCCUGUUACGGGCACGCUUCGCGGUGUCUGCCGAUGCCUGGAGUCGAGUCUAAAAACAAUAUGGUGCACGGACGAUGCGAGUGUACACAUAACACUCGCGGCUUGAACUGCGAGUACUGUGAGGAAUUCUACAACGACCUACCGUGGCAGCCGGCCGUGGGUAAAACAUCCAACGCCUGUAAACGAUGUACGUGUAACAACCACGCGACUACGUGCCACUUCGACGCCGCCGUUUACAAUAAGACGGGGAAAAUAAGCGGAGGUGUCUGCGAUAACUGUCAGCACAACACCAUGGGUGUCAAUUGUGAACGGUGUAUGCCGACUUAUUACAAAGAUCCCAGACUAGACAUACAGAGCCCAGAUGUUUGCCAACCGUGCGACUGUGACCCAGAAGGUACGACCGACAAGGAAGUGCUAUGUGAUGAUGAAACCGACGUAGCCAACAAUAAAACAGCUGGUCGUUGUCUAUGUAAGGCCAACGUGGACGGCCUCAGGUGCGACCGAUGUAAAGACGGGUAUUGGAAUUUCGACGCUCAGAACCCAGACGGGUGCGAGGCGUGUACCUGCGAUAGCUUGGGCACUAUCAACGAGAGAGGAUGCGAUCCCGCAACAGGUGUCUGUUUCUGCAAACGACACGUUACAGGAAGGAACUGUGAUCAGUGUCUACCAGAAUUUUAUGGACUGUCUGACAGCGACGAUGGCUGUUCGCCGUGUGACUGUGAUCUUGGUGGAUCCAUUGAUAGGGACUGUGACGUAAUAACCGGACAGUGUAAGUGUCGCCCUAACGUAACGGGACGUCGUUGUGACCAGCCUCUGCAGAACUAUUUUGUCGGAGCCCUUGAUUCUAUUGUUUACGAAGCCGAGUCGAGUCAAUGUAAUUCACAAAUCGACGACAACGCUAUUCAAAGUCAACUGUGCCAUGUGGUGAUCAGAGAAAACUAUCCAGACGGCAGGAAAGAAACUUGGACAGGCCCAGGAUUUAUGAAAGUUCCUGAAAGUAGCACAUUAGUUUUUGUCAUAAAUAAUUUAAAGACCAGUAUGAAUUACAAUGUACUAAUACGAUAUGAACCUCAAACUCAUUCCAGUUGGGAAGAAGCUACUAUACUAGUGAAAAGACCCUCGCCGAUAGACGCGGACUCUCCUUGCGCCAACGUACGACCUGAAGAUGACACUAUAGUUACUAAACUUCCGGUGGGACAACACAGUGUCUUAGUGCGACCGGCAGUAUGCCUUGAGAAAAAUAAGGAAACUGAAAUAAGAAUUUAUUUGGGAAAACAAGAUGGACACUCUUCCAAUAGUCGAGCGACAGUCUUGAUCGAUUCUAUUGUUUUAAUACCUUCAUUUGAUGAUUUACCAUUCUUGAAAAAUGGAAGUUCAGGCAGAGAAGAAUUCGAUCGAUAUAAUUGUGGAGAUUCCUAUUAUUACGAUCUAAAUAGGGAAAACAUACCAGAGGUUUGCAAGAAAUAUCAUUCAAAUAUCGGAUUUUAUAUAAGAAAUGGGUCAGAACCCUGUCAGUGUGACCCUUCAGGCUCUAAGAGUCAUCAGUGUAAUCCAUUCACUGGUAACUGUCAGUGUGUAGAAAAUAUAGUCGGUGUAAGAUGCGACCGCUGCGCCCCGGGUACAUAUGGAUUCAGCAAAUUUGGUUGUAAACGUUGUGACUGCAACAGCAUAGGUUCUCUUGAUAAUUUCUGUGAUGCAGCUAGCGGCCAAUGUAAAUGUAGAGCCAACACAUACGGCAGAGCUUGUGAUCUGUGCCAGCCUGGAUAUUUCAAUUUCCCUAACUGCCAACAAUGCGACUGCAAUGGCCAUGCCGUUGAAUGUGAUGAUAAAACCGGAGCUUGUAAGGAGUGUCAAGAAAAUACAGAAGGCCACCGCUGCGAAAGAUGUAUUGAAGGCUAUUACGGCGAUCCUAGGCUAGGCAUUGACAUCCCUUGUAGGUUGUGCCCUUGCCCGGGUGUUAAAGGUGAUCCGAACAAGAGUAGUCAUGCUGAUCGUUGUGAAUUAGACCCUGAAACCAAGGAUGUUGUCUGCGACUGUAAGGAGGGGUAUGCUGGUCUUCUUUGUGAUGUCUGUGCCGAUAACUACUACGGUGACCCCAUGAAGGGAACCUGUGAAAAGUGUGAAUGUAACGACAACACCGAUAUAACUAAACCCGGCAACUGCGAUCCUUAUACAGGGAAAUGUCUGAAGUGUUUACAUAACACCGCCGGUGAACAUUGCGAAGUUUGCGAAGAAGGCUACUAUGGCAAUGCUCUAGAAAAGGCCUGCUACAAAUGUAAUUGCUCUGUAUUAGGAACCAACUUUACCCAGAGCAACUGUGAUGGAAUAACAGGACAAUGUCCUUGCUUUAAUAAUGUCAUGGGCAUAAACUGCGAUCAAUGUACUGAAAAUCAUUGGAGGAUAGCUUUGGGUACGGGCUGUGAUCCUUGCGAAUGUGACCCGGUCGGUUCUAUAUCACCUCAGUGCAACCCAUAUAUAGGUAAAUGCGACUGUAAGCCUGGACACGGUGGAAGACAAUGCGACCAAUGUCAAGAAAACCAUUGGGGUGAUCCUAACAUUGAAUGUUAUGAAUGUGACUGUGAUAUAUACGGAUCUGUUUCACAACAGUGUUCACGCGAAAAUGGAUCCUGUAUUUGUAAGCCAGGAAUAGGAGGCUACAAGUGUGAUAUGUGUGCCAGAGGUUAUCUUGGUGAAGCACCAGAAUGUAACGCCUGUGGAGAUUGUUUUGAUAAUUGGGACAGAAUAAUAGGAGAUUUAAAAAUUCAAACUGAAUACGCCAUUGGUAAUGCUAGUAAGAUUAAGGUCGUCGGUGCUACGGGAGCAUAUACGAGAGACUUUGAAGAAAUGACUAAGAAACUCUCUCAGGUUGAAGCCACACUAGAUAGUGCGAAACAAGGCAAGAGUACAGUCAAAGAACUUUUAUCUAACGUUACUCAUUUGCAGAAUAAAUUAAGUGAAGCUGAGAAAAAAGUUAAGGACAGUAAUGAUAAUCUAAACGCUAUAACAUCAAAAAUAAAUCUGGGUAAUGUAACAUUGGAUGGUUUAAGAGCUCGAAUUGAUACAUUAAAAUCUAAGACGUUUGAAUUAGGUAACAAUGCAACCAAACUACAAGAGGCCAAUUUAGAGGGUGCUUUAAAUUUGACUCGAGAAGCGAAAGAGAGAGCAGUGAAAGCUGCAGAAGAAGCCGAAAGUGUGCAGUCUGUUAUAGCUAAUACGGACAGACAAAUAAAGAACACGGAUAGAUUAAUAGAAAUGCAAUACAGUAGCUUUAAUAACACACAGAAUGAAAAUGAUAAAGAAUUAGGGAGAUUACGACAGCAAUUAACUGAACUAGAAAUGCAGCUACCAAAAAUAAAUGAAAAGAUGUGUGGGCAAGACAGUGACAGUUGUGAUAUUUGUGGAGGAGCUGGUUGUGGCAAAUGUGGUGGGAUAUCGUGUGAUCAAGGAGCCAUUACCAAAGCAGAACAAGCAUUAGAUUUCGCGAAUAAAACUGAACACAGAAUAAAGGAGCACGAAUUGACUGCUGAAGAUUUAUUAAGGUCCGUUUCACAAGUAAAACAAGAUACCGUCGCUGUUCGAUCGAGAGCUAAAGAUUUAUUCAAUAGAGCGAUCGAUUUCAAAGCAUCGGCUGAGAGGGCGACCAAUGAAAGCCAAGAACUUACAUCAGAGUUAAAAGAAUUUUUAUCCAAAACAUACAAUACACCAGAGGAAGUUAGACAGUUGGCUACCGAGAUAUUAAACCUAUCUAUUAGCAUAGAACCUAAAGAAAUAACUGAACUAUCACAACGAAUUAAUUCUACUGUAUCACAGUUAACUAAUAUUGAAAAUAUAAUAACCGAAACGAAACCUGAUCUUGAUAGAGCCAAGGCCCUAAAGCAAAAUGCUACCAACGUCAACCAAGCAGCAAACUUAACUCUCGAGAUGGCAAAUAAAGUUCUAGAGGCUUUGGAUGAGGCUCAAGCAGCUCAGGACGCGGCAGAAAACGCUAUAGACAAAGCAAAUAGAGAUAUAGAAGCUGCUAAGGGAGAUUUACUUCCGAUAGCAUUAGAGACUGAACAGGCACAGAAAAAGGCCAACGAAACGAUGGAUGAGGUGGAGGGUCUUCGUUCGCGGCUUUCUGACUUACAGAAAAAUAUUCUAAAAAUAGAAAGUGACGCAGAGCAAGUGAAACAAGAAGCUAAUGACGUCGUCAACAAAGCAGAAGGAGCGGAACAAAAAGCCAGACAGUUGAGACAGGACUUUAAGCAGACGAACACGUCCCUCACCGAAAGAGCCAAUCAGACUUCCAGUUCUAGAGAACGAGCUCAGCUGCUGCUGAAUCGGGCCACAAAACUCGCGAGUGACACACAGAGUCAGCUGAAGCUCCUCGCGAACAUGGAAGAACUGUACAACGAUCACAACGAACAGCUCAACGACCUGGAGAAGGAAAUCGGCGAACUCAACACCAAGAUGAACUACUACCUGUCAGAAAUAACCAAACGAUCUGACUACUACCGGUCCUGCACCACAUAAAACACCUUCAUACUCAAAGCAAUGCUUUGUACUAAACAAAUUGUAUUUCUAUACCUUAAUGUUUAAAAAUUUCCUAAAAAAAAUGUUACUUAAAAUGCAUUUAUUUUAAUUAUGUACAAUUACGUAUCAAUUUAUUAUGCAGUCGUUGUGUCUGUGUAUGUUUUAUUCCUUGUAUAUAGUCGACCUAUUGUAUUCGCCGGUAGCUCGCGGAGGCUGUAGGGUGUGAUGUCUUAUGCUAACGCCGCGUUUAUUGUGUGUCAUCGCUAACAUUACUUGUAUGUGUUAUAGUGGGUUUAUAGUUUUAUAGUGUAAGACAUUCAGAGGAACUCAUCCCAAAGAAUUUUAAUUGAAAAUGUAGUUAAAUAGUUAAGUUAGCUAAGGUUAGGUAGGAUAAACGACAUGGAACAAAUAUUGUUAAUUCUAUUUCAGAUGUUUAAUAAUCGAGAAAUUCUUCUUCUGUGCCUUUGUAAUUAAAAUGUAGCAUUUCAUUAUAAAUUUUAUAACAAAAGCUUGUUUUAAUUCACUUUUUAAACUGUUAUAAAUGGAAUUGUCUGAGACGAACGCUCUUCCUGUGGGCAAAGUUACUUUUAUUUACUAUAAUUUUAAACCGUAAUCACACAAACUCAACUGCUCCGAUAUCAUUCCGUUACAAGAAACACAAUUGUGAACUAGAAAAAAAACAAUCGUUAUCUCUCAACGCCAUUACAAUACUUCAUUGGUUCAUACAAGUUACAUUUAAAGAAAGCUGUUUAUUCAGUUUACGUGUUCUCUAUGCAGGGCUGGUGUCUCCAUCGAGACAAAUAUACUUAAUAUCGAUUGUGACGAUGAAGCCACUCGUGACACUGAGUGUCCGCAGUGACAAAUGCUUAUUGUAAAAAAGCUAAGUAAGGAAGAAGUUGCCUGUAACGCAACAUCUAUAAUAACAAUAUUUUUUCGUAAUAUUUGUUUGAUAAAUAUUUUAUUUUCUUAUGAC